AUGGCAGAAUUCAUCGAGGCUAAAACUAAGCUCACUGUUGGUCCCAUACAUCGGCCAGGUUUCAUUUCCAAGAAACAAAAGAUAAUUAUCAUCGCUUUGGGGCUAAUCUUGACUCCGUUUCUCGUGAAAAAGAUAAUUGCUGGAAACACCCUUUUGCAUAACAAGCAUAUAUGGAUGGCAGGGUCAGUUUUCGUGUACUUCUUCAGUAUUUCAGGGACAAUGUACAACGUAAUCAAUAAAAUACCUAUUGCUAUGGUGGAUAGAGAUGAUCCUAAAAAGUUGGUUUUCUUUUAUGACGGAAAUGGGAUGCAGUUAGGGGCCGAGGGGUUUACUGUCGGGUUGUUGUUGGCCUUUAUCACUCAUGUUCUUGUCCAUGUGAAGAAUAGGAAUAUCCAGAGGUUGGUGAUGCUUUUAGCUAUCUUUGUUUCAUUCUGGGCUGUAAAGAAGGUGAUUUACCUGUAUAAUUGGAAGACUGGGUCUGGUCUUCCUGCUUACACAUACCAUAUGUAA